AUGUCCCCCGACCAGAGAAGUCAAAGGCCCCAGCGUAUUGAGAGAGAAACCCUCAGCUCAAGCACCUGGGACCUACACGAUCAGUCACAUCUCCGUCACUUGGUUCUGCCAGGGAAAAGUUUGCUUUUUACUCUUGAACUAUUGCAGUCUUAUCAGACCGUUUUGCAAGCAGACAUGAACCUUGCGCGACUCUUUCAUAUUCCUCUCACCAGCGAUCUCAAAGCGGACGGACUUGACACCUUAUUCAGCAAACGCAGGCCGCAUGUAUUGGAGGCCGAUCCGGCCGGAUGCACUAUUCACUGGGCUGAUGUUGUUCUAUCCGCAACAUAUGACCCAAAACAGCAGAGCGAUGGCAACCAUCAUGCCCGGGUGGAUAAAUGCAAGGCGUUGGUGGAGGUGUCAAAAGAGGAUCAUGACUUUAUUGCAACCGGUCUCCCACGGCAGCUUGUUGACCCUCAUUCAUAUCCUUGUGAUGUGGCAUCGGAGAUCAAUAUUGUCAAAUUGACUCGAUCUCAAAUAGCGCCCUGGAAAGACCUUACCUUGCAAUUGAAUCAAACAAUCGAUAAUGUAUUGGCCGGGCUGUCUGGAAGGGUCGAAAAAUUGCAACAAAAGUACUUGAAGUUCGGGCUUCAGGGAAAUAGUUCGGACGAAUUUACUCGAAGCGGCUCGGAAGCAUCCAUUACACCCAAGAAUUCAGAUGGAUCUCCACUGGCUAAACAAGGCAAGAAACGAAAAGGCCAGAACCAUUCCUGGACCCCUGAGGAGGCAAGGGAUUUGCCCGGCUGGUUCAAGCAACAUCAGAACCUGUCCGAGAAAGAAAUUACGGAACAAUACUUGCUGUUCUCGGGCCAGGAUCGAAGCUAUCCCUCCUUACAAGCCCAACUCUAUAAACAAGGCUUUGGCUAUUUAUGCAACAAGAAGAAGAAGCCUUCGCACGGACAGCGGGCCGCCUCCCAGCUACCUCCUUCGGCUCCGGCACUUUCCGCCACCAGGGAGUGUAAUGAUCCUACCCAAUUCUCUGUGGCUAUGAACAUCAUUUCUAGAUCGCUCUAUCCAUUCCAACAGCAAUCUUCGGGAACUCAGACGGUAGAAAAUGAAAUCGAGUUGGGGAGGUCACCAUCGCGAAAUGCCCAAAAAGGGAGAUCGUCGUCGGAAAAAGCAGAGAGUGACCCUGAACUGGCCGUUGAACCAAAUUGCCCGUGCUUGAAUGUUACCCGACCAGGCAGCUACGGGCAUAGUUCUGCUGUCGAAGUGAUCUCCGUGUCUACAAACAAAACAGUCGGUCGAAGCAAAGAGUCCCUUGCAGCGGCAUCCCCAGGUCUUCAGCCCUCUGUCUCCCAGUGCCGGUCGAAAUUUGAUUGCACCGAUGAACUGCAGGAAUCAUUGUUAGAGCCAGCGGAUCGUCCUGACGGGAGUCCCCAGUCUCCCGUGCAAUCAAACCCGGACGAGCAUAUUGGAGUCCGACCAGAAUCUUUGCUGCCGGCUGAAUCUUGCGAUGGAAUCACUCAUGGAAGGAGCCCAGACAUUGCCCAAAUUCUACAGCGGACGCAAUUUCCUUGA